AUGGCGCCAGACGAUGAUGAUGCCUUCCUUGAACCUUCGUCAGCGAUUCGGUGGUUUGCUGCUGCUGCUGCAGCUGAGCGGCAGCAGCAGCUAAGCAGCACAGCAGCAGCAACAGCAGCAGCAGGUGCUGCUGUAUCGUGUGGAUUUCCUUCACAACUGCAGCAGCAACAGCAGCAGCAGCAGUCCAACUUGGAGGUGGUACAGCAAAAAUGGCACGAAGCUGCCUGCGUGCUGUCAGCUGCAGCAGCAGCUGCUGCUGCUCCUGCUGCUGCUGCUGCUGCUGACCAAGAAUCUGUUGCGCAUGUUCUGCGUAUCCUAUCGGACGCUGCAUGCAGCAGGCGGGAUGCAGCGCAGCAGCAGCAGGAAGAGCUGCUGCUGCAGCAGCGGCAACUUCCACAGCAGCAGCAGCAGCAGUUUCCGUAUCACCAUAUAGAGCAUCAACAGCAGCAACAGCAUCAACAGCAGCAGCAGCAGCAGCAGCAGCAGCUGAAGGGUGCAGGUCUAUGGCUAUAUGAUUGGGUCCUUAAGGGUCCGUCAGGUCGUCUCCUUAAGGAGGAAACAACAGCAGAGCUCCGGUGUCUCUCGCGCCUUACAACCCCGCAGCAGCAGCAGCAGCAGCAACAGCAGCAACAGCAGCAGCAUCAACUGCAGCAACAGCAGCAGCAACAGCUGCAGCAAAAAUUUGGGGGCAAUUUUGUUCCUCCUGCUGCUGCUCCAUCCGCUUCUUCAGUGUACCCGCCUCCACGCUAUCUCCAGCAGCAGCAGCAGCAGCAGCAGUUCGAUAGACCACCAGCAGCAGCAGCAGCAACAGCAGCAGCAACAGCACCAGGGUUUGGGACGGCGAUGCACGAAUUAAAGAGGAGAAGAUCUGCGGGUAUUGAAGGAGCAGCAGAAGCAAUGCAAUUUAUUAAUGCUAAUAAAACACAACAACAAAUACAGUUACAGCAGCAAAGGCCGACAGAUCCUGCAGACAAGGGGGACCUUGCGGAGCAUUACGCUACAACAUUGGCAAAAUGGAUUGCAGCAGAGAGUGGCGCUAGCUUCUUUGAGAGGGAAGAUGAUGCAUCCAUUAGGAUGAAGAACCAACUCCUACAAAUGAUGGAUGGAUUAGGCAACAGCAACAGCAGCACAAUCAUCGUCAUUGGCGCAACAAACAGACCCGACAUGCUUGAUGAUGCAGCAGUCCGUCGUCUGUCUAGGCGAGUGUUGGUGCCUCUGCCUGAUGAAGAGACAAGGGCUGCUAUCAUCAAGCACUUAUUGGAUACGGAGGCACCUGGCGGUUGUGCUCUGUCUGAUGAGGUAAAUUAG